UAGAUGGCGUUUUGUGGUACGCGUAAGAAUUCAAACGUCACCUGUGUCUGAUUUCAAUCUCAUUGAUUUUAUUUAGUCAUUUACAGUUCAGUGGUACACCGUAUACAAGUCAAGGUUGCUGCCUUCAAUCUUUAAAUUAAAUUCCUUAAGCUUGAUUCUUAAUUUUUAAGUUUGUCAUCAAUAAUUUGCGAUUAAUGUAGUUUAGCGCCAGAUGGCCACAAUCCAAUCAGGUCAUGCUGACUGUGGAUUGUGGACUCGUGUCUUCUGCUCCGCUGCCUCGUUUAAAACACUUGUCUGAAAACGUUUGAGCGACUAGUAAGUGUUAAUUUUUGGUCCUCUUUGGAUGAGUUUUGGUUAAAUAUUUUAAAUUGAGAAAAGAUUCAUUUUUUCCCAUUGAUGUCCCACGGGCGAUACCGACAAAAACAAUUGGAGUGACAAUCGAAUUAUUCUGGCGAAUUCUGGUUCAUUCCAUGUGUGGUCGUUUGUCGAAACAAAAUCAAUCGUCAUUCCGUAGCUGACUGACAAUUUUCUCGUGAAACAGAUUGUUCAUUUUGUGUACAGGAAAUGAGGCGUACUGAGGUGAAUGUCGAGUUGAGGAAACCCAAGAAGGAAGACCACCUGCCGAAGCGACGCAAUCUUGAAAUCGAUGACGAGCCCCUCAGCCCUCUUGAAACAACAAAUCUUGUGGCUGCAGCCAACAUGACCAUUGAGGACAUAGUUAAUGGUAUCAACAGUGGUGAUGAAAACAUGGAAUUAACUGCAACCCAUGCUGCACGUCAAAUCCUCAGCAGGGAACGUAAUCCACCUAUUGACUUACUCGUCGAUGCCAAUAUCGUUCCUAAGCUGGUAGAAUUCCUCAGUCGUAAAAACUCUGACCUUCAGUUUGAGUCUGUCUGGGCUCUCAACAACAUUGCGUCAGGAACAUCUGAUCAGACCAAAGUUGUCGUCAGUGCUGGGGCUGUCGCUGGAUUGAUAUCUUUGUUGGGAUCAUCUCAUCCAGCUCUGGCCGAGGAAGCUCUCUGGGCUCUCGGUAACAUCGCCGGAGACGGACCAGAGCUUCGAGAUCAUGUCAUCAAGCUAGGCAUUAUUAAGCCUUUGAUCACCAUGAUCAAACCCGACGCUUCAGUUCCAUUCUUGCGUAACGUCGCUUGGACUUUGUCCAACUUGUGUCGCUACAAGAUUCCUCCACCCAGUGUCCAUGCAGUCCGACAGUUUCUGCCCACCCUGGCCCAGCUUAUCCACAACAACGACGACAGAGAUAUUCUCGCCGACACUUGCUGGGCUCUGUCAUACCUCACUGAUGGCCUGAACGUACGCAUUCAAGAAGUUGUCGACGCCGGAGUCGUCCCUCGGCUCGUCGCUUUGCUGGACAGCAAUGAAAUGGCCGUCAUCACCCCCACUCUAAGGGCUAUCGGCAACAUCGUUUCAGGAAGUGAUAUUCAGACCGAUUCCGUCCUGGCUGCUGGUGCCUGCCCGUUGCUGGCCAAGUUGCUUGUUCAUUCCAAGAUGAAGAUCGUCAAGGAGGCUGCCUGGACCGUGUCCAACAUUGCUGCCGGCAAUACUAUCCAGAUUCAAGCUCUCUUUACCAACAAUGUUGUUCGUCCGUUGGUGGACGUGCUGAGCAACGGCGAUUUCGAAUGCCAAAAAGAAGCAGCUUGGACCAUCGCCAACAUCACCUCGGGUGGCACUGUCGAGCAGAUUGUUUUGUUGCGCCAGCUUGGUGUCAUCAUUCCGCUGUGCGCUUUGUUAGAGGCCAAGGAAGAUAGCAAGACUAUCUCAGUCGUGUUGGAUAGUUUGGCUAAUAUUUUGGGGGCAUCCGAGAAAAUGGGCGAACUGGAGAAAGUUUCCCUUUACGUUGAAGAUUGUGGUGGUCUGGAUCGCAUCGAACUUCUGCAGAGCCACGAAAAUAAUGAGAUUUAUCACAAGGCGCUGGCCAUUUUGGAGCAGUAUUUCUCAAAUGACAGGAAUGCAGAUUCCGAGUUGGCGUAAUCUACAUCGCAGAGUGUCCAUUACGAAUUCAACAACCAGCCAUCUCAAAAAGCCCCCAAGAAGGUUUCUCAUUCUAAAUUUUGUCAUCCAAAAUUCUUUUUUCUGCCUUUUCAGUGGUAAAUAUGUUCUUCACUUCUUUCCAUGCUAUCCUCACUAGUUUUGGCCCUUUUUGAAAGAUUUUCAAAAAUUUUUAUAGUCUAAAGUUGCCAUUUGCAAUUUUCAUUUCAUUCCCUGCACGACGUCUUCUUUCCUCUUUCUUAAUGCGCGAGACAAGAGCAAUACAAAACAACUCGGAUCAA